GGUGCGUUGUUAUUAGAAUUGUUAUUUAAAUUAUUGAUUAGAUGACAUCUUAUAGCAGCCUAAUUGAUCGCUAAAAUUGCCACUCACCUUUCAAAUUCCCAGUUGCUAAAAUUCGCAUGAUGAAAUCGAAUUCAAUAGUCUGAAGAUUACAAAGAAAACCCUAGAAAUUCACUUCUGGUAGGUCCAAGCGACUUGGUCUUCAGAUUCCACCAAUCAUGGAGCCUGUAACAUUCGUUGUCGACAAAUUAAAAGGUUUCGGGACCGCAACCCAGAAUUUUUUUGAUGGCUUAGUUCAUCGCCGCGAAAAAUCAGCUCGCCGGAGUCCGAUUGAAAUUCUGAAGCGGCUACAAAGGGAAGCAUUUUCGGAUUUAAUGAGACUUAGGGACAGACAAGACAAGGUUGAGAAGGUACUAUCCCUUUAUAAUACACAGAGGAGUAGCCCAUUCCAAGAAAAUGUCACCCAUGUAAAAGGAGAGGUUAAUGUAUUGGGUGCAUUGCUAUUUAUGAGUGUUAUUGAUAACCAUAGCUUCAAAGCACUUCAUAGAGCAGGAAUCUCAACAGGAAUUCACUCAAGAUUGACUUUUGAAACCACUGUAAGAGAGAGCGAUUCUCUUGUUGCAGAGUUUGUAGCCAAUCAGAAAGCGAAAGUGGAUUUUGGUGUUGAUUCUGGAAGUGAACUUACUCUAUCUAAAGUUCUUUACAAGGCUAGUGUGGGAGAUUGGAUGUCUGCCACUGUAGUUCCUGUUGGAGCUCGAUGUAGGGAUGUUUCUAUAAUUGCAAAUCCUUCUCAUCAGGAAAAGGGUCUAACUGAUGCUUCAUCUUUUGGACCACCCCUUUUGGAUCAGCCUAAUGGUGGUGCCAUAGGGUUAACAGUGAGAAAAUCCAACCUCACUGCUUCCUUAGCUCAAUUUAUUUCUACAGAGAGAAUUCAACCAAGUUUUGAUAGGAUUCAACAUCACCUUGGUACUUUUGGGCAAUUGGUGUGUCAACUUCCAAGAGGAAUGAAAUUAUCGCUUCUGGGUCUUCUCCAAGUACCAAAAUUAUCUUCUAAUCAACAUGUCAAUCUUGGAGCUCUUACAAUUCCAGUGUGUCUUAGUCGACGUAAAUCUCCUGAAACAGUUGAUGGACCUGAUCCACGUUUGUUAACAGUUUCAGGGGAAGAAGCUAUUUCAAGGAGAUCUAUUGCUUUACUACUUGAGUCAGAACUUGAUGAAGAAACUAGAAUUGCAGGUUGGGUUGAGCUGAGCCAAUCAAACUCCAAAUAUUUGCGAUGGGCGGUGUCAGUGUCUGAUAACAACAGUGAAGAUGCCUUAGGUUGGGGAAUGAGUUUAAGUGGGAUUCUUGGAAGCGCAAUAGAUAGAGAUCACUUUCAGGUUGAAUCUUAUGUCAAACUGAACGUGAGUAAGAAAUUCAACUUAAAACCAGGAAUUGCGUAUGUGACAGAUGGCAAUGCCAAAAUGAUGGCCUUCCUAGUUCGGUCUAAGUGGUCUCUCUGAUUGAUCUUAUGAAAUAUGUCCUUUUCCUUUUGUAAGACGGUUCUGGUUUGCCUGAAAGGUCCAUAUGUGCCUUCAGCGAUUGGAUGUCUUUCAGAACUCUUCCAGGAGGAAAAGUGUAUUGUGCUGCUUCCAGCACCGUACACAAAAUAGGAGGAGCAUCAGCAAGAGUCCUCUUUUGCAAGUUUCCUGGUAUUCAAUGAAAAGAGAAGUUACAUAAAUGGUUAUCUUAAAUAUUUGACUAACAAAGUGAGAAAUUUUCUCUUCAAGUGGCAAAUGGACUAAACGAAUUCCUAAUUAGUAAGUGAAAGAAGGUUAAGGUAUUUUCUUCCACACUCCAUUUGCCACAUCAAAGGGAUCAUUUGAUUUUGUUAAAUACAUUCACCAACUGCUUGAUACGAUUGAAAUUAGCUAGUAUUUCAGAGAAUUUAUAAAUUAGUAUUUUCUUUCCUUAAAUCUUCAGGAAAGCUUCUUGUCCUUGUUACCAUCCAGAUGGUAUCAUAUUCAAUUUGAUGAAUGUCAUCAAAGGUAAUUUUAGAAGAGCUUAGGAAUUUCUGCUACAAGGGAAAAUGUGGUGAGGGUGUAAAAGUCAUUAGGUUUAUUGGUCUAACAAAUUCUAAAAUCUGAUUGUAGUCUCCGGUUUACCUAAGGACGAGGACUCUGCCAGUUUGGUCCAUUGCAGAUUUUCAUAUUUGCCUUAUUUCACCAUAGCAUCGGUACUUGUUGGAAAAUAUAUGGUAAAGUAUUAAAUAAAUGUUUUUUGUUAAAGCUGUUAGAAACUUGUUACCUUUUUUAAAUAAGGAAUGUAUUUGGCUGCAUUUGUUA